AUAUAUAUAUAUUUCCACUUCUCCGAUGCACAAGAUCCUUUCCUCAUGUAUGGAUGCACAUUUUUGGGUGUUAAGUUGGGUGUUUUUUCUAAAAUCACAAACAUACAUUUAAUGCGUAGGCAAUAAGGAGAAAGUUGCUUUGUUGUUUUGUUUUUUUUUCCCUCAGGAAAGAGGCGGACUUAGCCCUACAUUCUUUUAAUUUGCCUCACUAGUGUGAUAUAGCAAGGACAGAGUAGUUUGAAUCAUUCAUUACCAUCACCCUCUGUUUUUUUUAAUUAUUUUUUAUUUUAUUUUUUUACGAGAAUUAUGUAAAUUAUCUUUGUGCUUGCUAGUGCCAUUAAAACCCUGUAUCUGCAAAUUUCUCUCAUAGGGUUUAUUAGAGACUGAAGGGUAUGAACGAACAGCAGCAAAGAAUGGCUGCAGUGGGAACUGACAAGGAACUCAACGACCUCCUGGAUUUCAGUGCGGUUUUGUCAGCCCAAGAUAUUUCCAUCCAUCACUCUUGGCAUGCAAAGAUGUUCGCGCCGCCAGUAGCCAACGGGAAGAACAGGACCAUGACGCUCGCCAGCAGCCAGUUUCAGGGAUCAGCAAUAGACGAGCGCAGCGGCUCCGGGUCUUGGGGCCCGGCAGAACAGAACAGCCCCUCGUUCAGCCAAGGACGGGGCUACGUUGAGGGAUCCCACUACAACGAGCACGAAGGCUUGUCCUCCCCGUUCAUCAGUGCGGGGGUCGCAGGUAAAAAUGAGAGGCCAUCGUACCCUCCCUUUGUAAGCCAGCAGCCUGGUUUUCUACCUAGUGAAAUAGCGAUGCCCAGCCCCGACGCCAUGUCCCCCUCCGGCCUGAAAACCGGCUCCCAGUUUUACCCGUCGUACCCCACCAACCCAAGGAGAAGGCCGCCGGAUGGAGGCCUAGAACCCCAGCCAAAGAAGAUUCGGAAACCCCCUGGCCUGCCGUCCUCGGUGUACGCUUCCACAUCUGGUGACGAGUAUGCAAGGGACAACGGAGGAUAUCCUGGUGCUAAGCCUGGAGCGGUCUACCCUUUCUAUAUGCAAGAAGACCCGUGGUCGUCCUCUGGCUACUCCGCCAUGCUGGGUAACUCUCCUCACAUCGGACAGCCGGGCUCCUUCUCUGCAAUUAACCCACAGGAAAGGAUGAAGCGUCAACCCCUGCCUCUGUCCCCACAGAACUAUCCGCUGCACGGCAGCGAAGUCAACGGCUUCCACUCGGCCCCCGCCACCUACAGCCACACCCCCGCCAUCAACGGAGAGAGCAUCAUGGCAAACCGAGGAACCACAGCUGGCAGCUCAGGAGAUGAAAUUGGGAAGGCUCUUGCCUCAAUUUACCCGUCGGACCACAACAGUAAUAACUUCCCCUCCGCUCCAUCUACCCCUGGAUCUCCUCAGGCUAUUGCAGGUGCAGUUGGAUUCUCGCAUAUUUAUCGUACCAGUGUAAUUCCUUUUUUUGGACAUGUGUAUGAGAUUUUAAGGUUUUCAGAUUAAACACACACACAUAAAGAAA